ACACCAAAACAUCUCAUGACGCUGCAACUACUUCCGGUAUCAUGCCUUUUCCCCCAUGUGCAUGUCGGACUACUUCCAUGCUGGCCAACUAAUUUGUAAAUAUUAUAAUUUCAGAGCGACGUACGAAGGAGAAUAACGCUCGCUGUAACGAGCACCGCGUAAACCCUCCUCAGGACUGCCAUGUCGACCAUCACGGUGAACAUCUUACGGUAACGUUGGCAGUAAAUAUACAAUUCAACAGAUGAUCUAGUGGAAACCCGAGUGUAAAUCAUGGCGUUAUACGCGAAAGCGGCAGACAUCCUGGAGAAAGUGGAGAGUAAACAGGGCGCUGUGAAGACGUUGGUCUUCGAGAGCAAAUUUCAGAACAUCAAGCAGUUGUUCGCGUUGGUUUGCGAGACCCAGAAAUACUCCUCCGUCCUCCAAGAGUUAAUCGAGUCCACCAAGUUGCUGAAACAAACCAAGGUGAAGAUGACCCAGGCCAAAGUGCUGGUGUACGACCUUCUGAUCGGCAAAGGUAUCAAAUGCGGCGGACCCUGGAAGGUGAUGAUGUCGAAGCAUCGGGCUCGACUCGAGGCGGCGCUGGCCCGCAUGAAGAUCAAGCAGAAGGUGACCAAGAAUAAAGACCUGCUGCCCUCUAGCGUCCAGCAGGCGGAGGGCGUGCUGCUCCCCAGGUACGUGCGUGUGAACACGCUGAAAACCACGGUGGACGACGCGGUGGACUACUUCAAACGGGACGGCUUCUCUUACCUGGGCGAGGCCAACCGACUCGACGAUCUGGACCUGAAGGCCAAGAGCUUCGUGCGGGACCUGCACCUCUCGGACUUACUGGUCUUCGCUCCCAAGACGGAAUUCCACGAGCAUUUCCUGUACAAGGCGGGACACAUCAUCCUGCAGGACAAGGCCAGCUGCCUGCCCGCCUUCCUCCUCAACCCUCCGACCAACAGCCAUGUCAUCGACGCCUGCGCCGCCCCCGGCAACAAGACCAGCCACCUGGCGGCCAUCAUGAAGAACAAGGGCCGCCUGUUCGCCUUCGACCUGGACGCCAAGCGCCUCUCCACCAUGUCCACCCUGCUGCUGCGCGCCGGGGUCCGCUGCCACCAGCUGGCCCACCAGGACUUCCUGAAGGUGGACCCGUCCGACCCGCAGUACAAAGACGUGGAGUACGUCCUGCUGGACCCGUCCUGCAGCGGAUCGGGUAUGGUGUGCCUGGGGACGGACUCCUCGCCGCCGGACCCGGAGCGGGAGCAGCGUCGCCUAGGCAACCUGGCGGCGUUCCAGCUGCGCUGUCUGAACCACGCCCUGGGCUUCCCCCGGCUGCAGCGCCUGGUGUACUCCACCUGCUCCGUCCACACGGAGGAGAACGAGAAGGUGGUGGCCGCCGGCCUGCAGCAGAACCCCGGCUUCAGGUUGGUGCACCUCCUCCCCGUGUGGCCGGAGAGGGGACUGCAGCCGCUCAGCCAGUGUCUGCGGGCCAGCACCGCCAAGACCCUCACCCACGGCUUCUUCGUGGCUCUGCUGGAGCGACACAGUGACGCCGUGGCCACAGCGCCCCCUAGCCUAGAGGAGGACGCCGCCAGCCGCACGCCCAGCCAGGAAGUGACAUCAGCGAGUCCCUCGGAGGAGGCUGAGGGGAGGCCAGCUGUGGCAGCGCCCCCGGUGGCCAGCCUCAACAGUGAGGAGGAGGAGGAGGAGGAGGAAGAGGAGAUGGAAGUGAAAACAAGUCCUGUUGAAGGACAGGCCAAGAAGAAGAGGAAGAGGAACAAGAAGAAGAAGAAGAAGAAGGCAGCGACCCCCAUAGUGGCUUGAGAGGAGGUUAAGAGAUUGGUUUGGUUGUGUUUGGAGGAGGCUCUGUCUGUAUUUUGCUCUUUAUUCUGAGAAAUAGAAUAAAUCCUUUUUAUAAUUUCA